GGUUUACUUUGACUAUGACGAGCGUCACACGUGAUGGCAUAUCGAGAAGUAGCACCAUUAUAUCUCUGAGCUGCGCGAAGACGAGAUGGGUUCGCCUUUCGCUUACUUCUCCUCAUUAUCGCGUGCCAUCAUCUUUUCCGACAGUACUGAUACCGGAGUUCAGUGUUAUAUGGGCGAGGACGUCGCCGAUCUCUGAGAUCUGAUCCCCGAAAAGCAAGCACAAGGAAUCAACAGGACGCCCUCGCAGAGAUCAUCGAAAAUAUGCAGACAUCCCACUUCCCGCCAGAAAUCUACGAACAAUGGAUCACACGUUUGCGUCAUGAUCGUGCUGCCCUGAAGGUGUGCGCUUUGGCGUGCCGGGAAUGGGCUCCGUUGUCUCAACGGUACCUAUUCGAGCACGUCAAAGUGCAGGGCGCGCCCAGAUGGCUUCGGUUCCUCCGCACCCUCGAGACAUCCGCAUCGAUGGGGACGGACAUAGGACGAUACAUCCACAAUUUCGAGCUGGUCGAUAUUGGCAUCGGCUACGUGGUGCAGAAACUGUUCGAAGACAUCGCGCUUUAUGCGGGCCAUCGCCACAUGCCCAAUGUGCAGCAGCUUAGCUUGCGUGACUGGAAUUGGGCGAGCAUGGUCGAUCGGGCUCAGGAUUACGAUCCUAUAUCCGUCCCCAGACGGAUUCUGAAGGGCCUCUUACCCUUCGAGAAGCUCAGAGGAUUGGAGCUCAUAGAUAACUUCACCCGGCACCCUCAAAUCAUUCCACAGCUUUUGACAUUCUUCCCGUUUCUGUCGACGGUGCGCAUCGUGGGUCUCCGCUUGUCGCCCGACACUCCUCAGAUGGAGCUCAUGCCACUCGAAACCGAUAUACAAGUCACGUUGCCUAUCAACAUCCAGGAGCUGUACUUCGACCGCAACUCCGUCCAAUUCCCUGCCACGUACAUAUUGGAUUCUAUCACUAGGCCCCCUUUCCAACUUUCUCUACGCACGCUUGACGUGGGUAGACCGGAGAUACCCGAGUCGAUGGGACCAGACAGGAUGCUCAGGCUAGCUGAGUCUGCUAUCCUCGCCUUGCUCGGAAGAGCAACUUUGCGACACUUGCGCAUCACAUAUCUGUUCCUACACCUCGUUGAUCUCUCACGCCUCCCUCAGCUGCAGUCCAUAACAUUGCACUGGGAUAUCCCGCCGCCGUCCCCAAGAAACGAGCUGGUUUUUGACGACAUACGGCAGCUUUUCUCGAGCAUUACCGGAGAUCUCGCCCUUCAAGAUGUCGAGCUACGCUUUUCCCUUGUGCAGUCGCACCUCAUUGUCCGAGGUCCGCUAUUGCUGGCUGGCCUGGAUGCUGCGCUCCUCCGGUUGCACAUCAGCUGCCCCGCCGUCACCGUUCACUUUCACUUCUCGUUCUACGAGUUCGUGUCACCCAGACCGAGAAAUUCACUACCAUCCAUCGCCCCGCUUUUGAGGGAUGCUACUCGACACGCCGUCGCUGCAGGGCUGCAUGCGACAGUAACGAGCGUGACGACGUUUUGGAGUAUGCCGAGCAAUGUCGAGCAGGAGACCUCAACGGAGGAGACGGAUCUCAGUGCGAGGUACUAGUAUCCGUCUUCCCUUGUUCAAGUCGUUCCCAAUUCAUCUAGUACUUCGAUCUUGUUUCAGAACAAAAGACCCAUACAUAUGCUGUCUAUUGAGUCCAACCUGUACAGUAACUUACUACUUGUACUGUUUUGCCCCUGUAGUUAUUUGAACGGCCGUCUGCUGCAUAUUUGUACAGUGUAAGUCCUGACGUCUCACAUAGCCAACAUAUUAUUUGUGUAUAUGCAU